UCUUACAAAGGGUCCAUGAAAAUCAUGACCGAACUCCUGACCUUACUCAAUGUUGUGUAGCUCAGGGACAUAGUGUGCAGUGUACACAGUGUACCUUGUCCUCCAGUAACUGGGUUGUCAGCCAGAGCUGCAUGAAGUCCACACUUUGUCCAGUUGGAGCAUGAAGACACAAGCUCUCAUCCCGUCAUUGAAUGUGCAUGUUUUAGGUCUCCUUCAAUGGCCAUUCGAUUGUCUUGGUGUUUCAAAGUUCUGCUCUGCUGUAGUACGUUCUUGGCCUUUGUUAUUUUCUGGAGCUGGCUGUCCCAAGCAAAGGAUGGUGCCACUGGGCAAUGGUUUGGAGUUUCAUCUUCCAGCAAGACAGGCAUUGACUUUUCAUCUUUGUUCUCAGAAGACCUCCCAAAGCCUAAGUGCCAGAUAGGACAGGUCCUCCUUAUCCUGGUGACCUCACACCAUAGUCACCACUCAUCACGGAAAGCCAUACGAAGGUCAUGGGCAUAUCAAGCUGAAGGCUCUACUCAUCCAUGGCAAGUUGUCUUCUUGGUUGGACGUACAGUAGAUGUAGAGCUGGACUGGCGUGUUUACAACGAGCAUGCAGUCCAUGGCGAUAUUCUCAUGGGCAACUACAUGGACACCUACCGUAACCUAACCUUAAAGGUAAUGCAUGGCAUGAAGUGGGCAGCGGAGAGAUGUCACCCACAGUACAUCCUGAAGACUGAUGAUGACUGCUUCAUUAACACGGACUAUCUACCAUCUCUCCUGGGCCAGCACAGCCCUGGCACUCUACUCUAUGUGGGCUCAGUCUUCCCAGAGGGAAAGCGGGUGGUUAUUCGGGAACCAACAAGCAAGUGGUACGUUGCAGAGCGGGACUAUAAGCGUGAUCUGUACCCACCCUAUGCCAGUGGCAUCGGUUAUAUGCUGUCCUUAGAUGUCGCUAUGGUAAUUAUAGGCCUGGCAGAGAUUGUCCCGGCAAUACCUGUGGAAGAUGCCUAUAUUGGGAUCUUAGCGGAGAGAGCCAGGGUGAGACCCCUCUCCAGCGCUCGCUUUGCCAAGCACAACGUCAGAUGGGGCAUCUGUAAUUACCGGUUCCUGAUGGUGAUUCACGGCGUGGCACCAGAGGACCAGGCUCGGGCACAGGACAAUGUACGGAGAGCGAGGACAUCCUGUAACCACAGCAUUGAGAUAACCCACUGGAAAUGACUGGAAGCCAUGUGCCCAUGGUACAAGCACCAUCGCCUAUAUAACCUGCACUGACCCUAAA